GCUCUGGAGGACCAUUCCGCGUUUUUCAUCCCCCCUUUCCCCUCCCCUCUCCGUCCCCCCACCACUCUUCACCCUCCUCCCCCUCCCCCUCCCCCUCCCCCUUCGGCUACAACCCGUACUCUCUCGUUUCCCUGCGUGUGUUGUCCCUACCGCUCUCAUCCGCUACCCUGCCCAACCAACAGCUCCUCGCUGCUCUCAUACGCGCCGGCCGCCGCGGGUGCGUGCGCGGAAGUGGCGGCGCGGAGGUGGCGGAGAUUGAGGCGGCGGUGGCGGUGCUGGCGGAGGCGAUGCGCAGCAAGCAGAUGAAGGCGAGGCGGUGUUCACUGCGCUGCGGCGGUUGGAAACGCGGAAGGUGGGCGCAGAGGAGAGCAGCGCUGGCGGCGCUAGGAGGGGUGGCAUGCUGA